GAUGCGGGGUUGGGUGUCGGUGUGCGGCGGUCGUUCCGAACGAAAGGACCAAUCCGAGAACGGACGAAGGCACGCAAACCAAACGCCGGCGUUGCGGGGUUCGAACACGAACGAAUAUAGCACGACACGAGAGAAAGGAACUCACAACAACUGUGCGCACUAGUUAGUACAUUCGGCCGGAGAACCAUGGUUCUUUCUCGCCGAUUCCGAGUUCGGUGCUGUCCUGUGCUGUGCUGUGCUGUACUCUACUAUACUGUCCUAUACAACCCGCUCCCGGUCCGCUUCGAACACCGCCUCGUUCCGAAAGCACUUCUUGUGUCGCUCUUGUCUCUGAAACCGAAAUCGCGCGGCAAGCCGGCGUUGCGGUGUUCGAACACGAACGAACACGGUUUGACACGAGCGAAACGAACUACUCGUGCGUACGAUACUACUAAGGAAACGAGAGAAAAAAAGAACUCGUGCGUACUACUACAAGUAGCUAGCUAGGGGACAAUGCUCCUUUCUUUUGCGGAUUCCAAGCAAAGUACUGUGCUGUACCGCACCGUACAACCCGCUCCCGGUGAAUCUCGGAAAACCGCCCCGCUCCAAAGCACCUCUUGUGUCGCUCUUGUCUCUGCAACCGAAAUUGUUCGUAUUCUUGGAAAGAAGAACUGCAUCAAGAAGAUGGUUUUAGUUUGCUUUGCCCGCUGUUGCUGCUUGUGGUUCGUCCCUGGGGCAGAACAGGUCGUGGUUCCCUUGUGGAAAAUGCGUGACGAUUCGGUCGGGCCAAUAGACCUCCACCGCCCCGCUCUCCAGGGAAAACUCCUUUUGUCGCUCAAAGGCCGCGUAGGUUUUGAUUGCCGAAAGAACCACCGAACCAACGCCCAACCGGUUGGGAAAGGCCGCCGCAACGGUGGGCGUCGCCGGAAUGUCCAAGCGGUUCCAGGGCGUUUUGUGGUUUUUGUUCGAAACAGAAGACGAAGAUUCCUCGCUUCGCCCGAGUUCCUCCCGGAUGGCGCUUGCCCGGCGGGUCCCCCCCGUCCACAAGAAUCCCACGGCGUAGCGAAGGUCGCUCGGGGGGCUGGUUUUGGGAUCGUCGUAGUAGAUGCCCGCGGGAACGUGGUGUUCGUGGUCUUGUUCGUGGUCUUGUUCGCCGCCGAACCCGGCCCGGCCUUCCCAUUGCUUCCACAGGGCCUCCACCUCCGCGAACAUUGGCCCGACGCCGCUGUAGGGCCCUCUUCCGGUGCGAUAGAAAAAGACGCAGGGGCCGAGGGUCGCCCUCCGAAAGGAAACGGAACGAAAGACGCCGCUGUACCACAGCGCUGCCGCUAGCACGCCCAAAGCCGUCGUCCACGGAGCCGGGUUUUGGGGCAGGGACCACCAGCCGGCGGACAUGGUUGGUUGCCAGGUAGGGCAGGGUAGGGUAGGAUAGGGUAGGGUAGGUACGAUUCGGUUCGGUAGCACUUACCACCGGCAAGUGAUUUUGACCGGAUGGGUUCGGUUCGGUUCGGUUCGGUUCCUGUGGAAUUUGUUGGCACCAACAAACAGUAUCAACAGCCUCGAACUCCAACUCGAACUCGAACUCGAGUUGGCUCGGGAGUCCUGUUCUAGGAAUGCUUUCUUGCGUGCCUUCUCGUAUCGUAGGGUACUGCAACUCGUACAGUACCGUAGCGUAUCACAGGUGUUCGGGGGUCGAUCUACAAGAUCUCAAUUGGAUUUCAAUUUGGAUUUCAAUUUGGAAUCGAAUGGGAGACGACCAAAACAAAACCCAUCAAGAUCGCAGGAUCGCGCGAUCGCGCGAAAUGAACACCUGUGGCAUUCGAGUACGAGUAAAAGUACGAGCACUGGAAGUACAGUAUCGUAUGGUAUGUACCGCACGGGACGGUAGAUUCGGAAGCAAACCGCGAACAUCAUGUUGGGGUGUUCGAUUGGGGGGAGGAAUACUCUGGAAGGACCCGAAAUAUCGAAAACGGAAUGCUUGAGUUCUGAUUUAUUAUUGCCUUAUUGGCAUGGACUUGUUGAAGAAUACAGUAUUGUGGGAUCCUUAAGUAUACCAAGCAGAAUUGUGGGAUCCUUAAGUGUACAAAGCUUGUGGCAAUACAAAGACGGAAGGCAUUCAAACAACGAAUACUGUAUCUAAAGAUAAGGAUAUCCCAUCAAAGGAUCAAGUCCCAAACACCGUACAGUCAAUGGCACACCAAGAAAUUGGUUCCCAUCCUAGAUUUAAUUAUGCCAUCCGUAGCACAGUAGAACAUAGGACAAAAUCUACAUAGGUAAUUUGCAACUAUUCUGGUGGGGCAGGACCAACCAAUCGUGCUUCUUUCUCAGAAGGCGACUCAUGCUGAAAAUUCUUGGGACCAACAUUCAGAACAACUCUGUAGAAUUUUUAUUCUUACUGAAGAACUAAGAUUAAGUAACGAUGCGAUGAGACCAACUUUCUUGGUGUGGGGAUCACUUAUUAUGAUUGUCGUAGUCACUCUUAAGGGAUACUAAAAAAAUAGAUUGUACAUGGUUGU